AUGACAGCCAAAGACUAGUAUUACAAACUCGAGGAAAUAGAGGAAGAAGGAAAUCAAUCAAAAUCGAGUGACGAUUCAUCAGAAUCAGAUAAUCUGUUCUCAUCAUAGAGGUAGGUAAAGACUGUAAGGGCACAAAAGAAAAAGACUCUGUAUGCAGAGAAAUUAAUGGCGACUUAUAAUUCUUAUUUGCACUUUCUUGGUGGUUAAUAAUUAUCUGAUAAGGAAUAAGAUGACUUGAAAAUGUUUCUUGGCAAUUUAACUCAGACAAGAUUGAAUUAGCUUUCAGACAAGUACUAAUAUUUAACAGAAUAUGACUAUCAUAUGGGAGAUGUAGUUAUUGCCUUUCCAAAUCCUGAUAGUCCCAAAAGUGAAGACUUAGGAACAAUGACUUAAUUAGAAGCAAUUUAAUUAUGUUUGAAUUGUUUUGCAUCUAAUAAGUAUGCUACAGAGUUUGAAGUGAUGGAUAACCUCAUUUUAAUUAAGGCUAUUGAAUAGAACUUAUAUCAUUUGCAAUCUGAUGAUGAGUUUUUGUUAAAACAAUAUGAAGAAGAGGAUAGAAUGAGAGAAGAAUAAGAGUAAAUACUAAGUGACGAGUCAAGCCAUAGGAAGAAUGUCCAAGAGUAAUCUAACCGUUUGGAUACAGAAGAGAAAAAUGAAGGUAAGAAAAAUGUAAAGAGAGAAAGGUUUCAGAACUUAAAAAGAUUUGGGGGAGUAUAAAAGUUGUUUAGUGAUGAAAUUGAGAAAUUGGAACUUAAAUUACUAAAGAUCUACAAUUUAGACAGAAAGACAAGACAAACAGCCAUCAAAGAAGCAUUUAAUUUAGACAAUUAUAAGUUGGACAGAUUUAUUAGAAUUAAAUUAAGUGGUGGUAAGUUUCUAGAAUACAAUGAAAAAGACAAAUGUUGGGUUCGUACAGAAAAUCAAACCAAAGAUUUAAGUACUCUUAUAAGAUUAGCUGUGAUCUUGUAAAUGAGUAAGUUGGGAUUCUUAAUGAGAUAGUUUAUCUCCAAAGAUGGUUCAACCAUCUUUCUAGUCUUGUACUAAGCAGAUUCAAAUCUAAAGAAUUUGGCUAAUAAAUAUGAGAUCACCAAACAAUUGAACUUUUAAUUCUAAGAUAUUUUCUCUUAUGAACCUGUAGAUGACAACCUAAGACCUUUAAGACUAAACAACAGACUAUGGAAAUCCAAUAAUGAUUAUAAAGGUGAAUUAACAAAAAUGUUUAUUUAUUUAAAACCAAAAAUUGUGGAGUUGCUGGAAAAAAUUAACUUUAAAUAAGUCUCAAGGGAGAUCAAUCAAUCUAUGAUUAAUCAAUAGAUUUUUUCUUAAGGAGAUGAAGAGGUUAUUGACGAUUAUGCACCUUCUGAUGAAGUUUGGAAAGCCUAUUAUGCUUAUUUAAUGUACUUAGAGGAGAAGAUUACUCAUCUUAGAAGUCAAUCUGUUAUUCAAGAUGAAUUUGCUUAAUUUUUCAAUAAAAAUACCAAAAGCAAAAAGCCUUAUGAGAUAUAUAUGGAAAAAAACCCAGACAAACUCUAAUUUUAAGACUAGAUCAACAGCCAGGAUAUUCAAAUUCUAGAAUAAAUUUAAAAGGAAUCAGAAAUUGAACAGCAGAUAGAUUUAAAUGGAAGGAAUAUCUAACUCAUCGAGGUUUUUCAUGGUAUUUUUCAAAUCAUACAGGAACAUAGAAAAUAAUAGAAAUAUUAUGAUUAAAUUAAGGGCAUUUGUAAUAUCAAUUCAAAUAAAUUUAUUUCUUCUAAAGAUGUAAAGGUUUUGAAGAAAGAACAAUUAGCUAAGUCAUAUUUAGAUUUGUUUUAAGAUGCAUUAUACAUCACAAAUUUAGGAAGUAUUAAACAACUAAAGACUAUUUGGGAUCUAGCUGAAAUAGCUCCUUUUGAGCCAUUUAUUACUUAUAAGAUUACUUCGGAUAAGUUGGCCAAGAGUCAAUAAUGUAAAUUAAAUGCUAUUUGGAAAUAGUAUUGUGUUACAGAGACGGGUAAGAUCUCAUUAUUUUCAAAUAUGGAGAGAAUAAAAAUUAAUAAUUUAGCUCUGGAUGAAAAGAUUAAUUUUACAAUCUUGAUUUCAGAUAAAUUUGUUUCGGCAAAGUAUUGUUUACAUGAUAAUUAUGAAAUAUAAGGGAAGAGUAAGCGAAAAUUCUUUGUGCCUAUUUUCAAAUCAGAUUACAAUAUUGAAAUCUUAAAGAAUAAAUCCUUAUUUCUGUAUUUCUAUAAAGAAAUGGCUGAAAGGAAUUAUCUAGGUGUUAUCGGUUAAAACAAAUAUUAGAAUCAAGAAUACUAAUUUGCUGAAAGAAAACUUGAAAAUUUAUCAUUCCAAUGGAGAUUUCAAUGGAAUCACCCUUGGUUUGUACCUACCAAAUAAAUUCGAGAAUAUUACGGUGAAAAGUUAGCCAUAUAUUUCCAUUUUGUUGGUUACAAUGCAUCAAUGCUAUUUCCAAUUGGUAUUCUAGGAUUAACUAUCAGUAUAAUAUAGUUUAUUUUUAGUGAUACUAAAAGUUCACUUUAUGUUUAUUUAUAUAUAAUUUUUGGGUUUAUUUAGAUCUAGUGGAGUAAUUUAAUUCACGAUAUGUGGUAAACGAAGGAGAAGGUGUUUGCCAUGUAAUUUGGUCAAUUUAAUUAAUCUGGAGAAGAUACAACUUAAUAAAGAUCAUAAUUUUACGGUUACUAUUCACGUUCAAUUGAAACUGAUAAUUUAAAUGUUCUAUUCUUUUCAGAUUUAUAAAGAGUUAUGAAAAAAAUCGUGUCUUUUGCCUUUUUAUUUCUAAUGGUUAUAUUAUACGUUGGAAUAAUAGUUUCUAUUUUUAUAAUAUCUGAUGCAUUGUAAGACGUAGAUACCUUUACAGAACCUGGAUAUUCGACUGCUCUAUUUGAAGUCACUGUGCCAGCUUUGAUAAAUUUGAUACUUGUGCUUUUGCUGGACACAGUAUUUGAUAGAUUAGCAAUUGCCUUAACAGAUUAUGAGAAUCACAAAACAAUAAAAAUGUACGAGGCCAAUUUCAUAUACAAGAAGUUCUUUUUGUGCUUUUUUGCUUUAUGUGUUCCCAUUCUAGAGAUACAAUUCCUUCAUACUAAAUUUGGCUUACAUUGUGCUCAUAGUGAUUGCUUGAAACAUUCAUGUUAUCAUUUUGCAACUAUGUUUAUACUCCAGUUCUUGAUCAAUGUUUUUUUGAAAACCAGGAUAUUUGUAUUUAAUUUUCUCAAAGAUUUGUAUCUUAAAAUAAAAAAUCCAAAAAGGAGUGAUACAAAAUAUACUCAUCUAAAUCUCAAUGUAAAUUCGCAUCAAUCAAAAUCACAAAACACCCAUACAAAUAAGGCCUCUGGAUCAAAUAAAAUUUCUCUAAAACCAAGUAUAGAUCCUUUGAAAUCAAAUUAAAUGAAAAAACAGUUUUCACACUCAUCAAAUCCAUCAAACCAAUUUAAAUCAAGCGAGAAAAGUCCACAAGUUGAAUCAAUCUCCCAACCUCCUGAGAAGAAGCUCUAAUUCUUUCAAGAUAAUUAAAUAAAUCUUUAGAUUUAAGAUUAAAUUCUGGAUGAUUAAGAUAGUGAGUAGGCAAAGAAAUAGGAAGAUCCAUUUCAUUUAAUAAAUGAUUUCAUUGAAGAAUUUUUUCGACAAAGAAUCCUAUUAGAUGAUUUUAUGGAAAUAGCUAUUCAACACUCAAUGCUUGUUUUAUUUGGAACAACAUUCCCGCUUAGUUAUUUAAUAGCCUUCCUCAGAAGUUUGUUAGAAUUGUAAUGUGAUAAGUUAAAAUUGCUAAAUGAAAUGCAGAGGCCUAUUCCAAUUAGUGAGAGUACUAUUGGAGUCUGGAAUAGAGUCUUAGAUGGAUUAGCUUAUUUGUCAUUAGUUGUAAAUAGUGGUUAGAUAACUGCUAAGAGAGAUGAUAUUACUUCUGCUGAUGCCUUGAUUUAAAUGUCAGGGUUCUUUUUGAUUUGCCUUUUGGCUAACUUCUUUUUGAGAUUCGUGGAAAUGACAUUAUUUAGCGAAUUACCAUUUUAAAUUUAGGAUUUAUUGCAAAGACAAGCAUACUUAAUUAAGAAUACAGUUGAGAAAUUCAGAGGAUCGGCAGAACGAUCGUCAAACAAAGCCAUAAAUCCGAGAAGCUUAAAACGGUAUCCGAUUCUAAAAGUUUAUGGAACAAAGGUGAAGGAUGUAAAAAUAAAGGAAAUAGUGGAAUUGAGUUCAGAUUCAGAUGUUGAAGAUUAUGUGAAAAGAAUGGAAGAAGUAAAGGGUGUUAAACAUGAAAAGAAAAAGGUAAAGCCUAAGGUUGAGAAGAAGGCUAAAUCAAAAAAUUAGUAAGAAAAUGAAGAUGUGGAAGAAAAUGAAGAAUAAGAAGAAAAUUAAAAUUUAAAGUUACUGCAAGAUGCAAGUAAUAAGGAGUCAUCCAUAGAGGAAUUGUAAUAUUACUUCAAUGCCAGAAUAUCAAAUUGGGCGAUGAAAUUUAAGAUGAAAGAUACUUAGGAUAAAGAAUAAUAAUUGCUGUAAAAAAUCUUCUUUUAGAAGACACUGAGCUAUCUGAAAAUGAAAGAUUAGCUCAACCCUCAUUAGAAACAAUGGACACUUGAUAGAUAUACAUAUAGAAAGUUCUUUUUACCUAGAUCCUUGGUUCUAAUUAGGAAUUUGGAUUGGAGAAGGUACCUGAUAUUCUAAGAAGGAGAUAAAAGACUCAAGAAAUCCCUGAAAUAAUAACAAAAUAAGAAGUAUGAGAAAUAAUUAGAUUUUCUUAAUAAGCAUUAAGAUAUUUAAUAAAAUGUUGUUGAAAAGAUGGAAAUUUUAAAGAAGAAAAAAGAGUUUGUGAAAAAACAUGUAUGGAUUGAUGGUCGUAGUACAGUAUUUUUAAGAUCAGGUGGAGUGUGGUUUGGGCAAUUUAGGAAAAGUACGAGCAAGGUAUCAGGUGUGAAAGUUGCUGAAAGUUAUUAUCGAAUUUUGGAAAAGUACAAGAAAGUUUGUGAGAAUGAGAAUAAGGCUAUGGAAGAGAAUAUCUAGGAUUAGUAAAAAGAGCAUGCAGAAGAUUCAAAUAAAACCAAAAAGGAUACCAAAUUCAAACCUAUAGAUGAAUAAUUUUUUAAUUUGACUUGCAAUCUAUCACAAACCUAACUUAAGAAAUUUUCAUCCACAUCCUUAAUCUCGCUUCUAGACUCCAUGUAAAUAAGACAUAAAGAACAUUACAUUUAUAUGUUGUCAUCCAAAGGAGUUAGUUAAGUUGAAUAUUAAUUAGAUAAUUAUAUCACAAAUGAAUUGAGAAAGCAAAAUAGGAUUAUGAACUUCUCAUAUAUUCCAUUUAGGGUUCAAGCUCCAUUCCUAAAACUCAAUUAGAUGUAGAUUUGGGAGUUGUUUGUUGAAGAAUAGAUAAGGUAAACUCAACCCAAAAUCAAUCUACUCUAUAGGAUAGAUAAAAAGAAGGAUUAAUUUUCUUCCAAUAUUCAUACAAAUAUAUUUGGUCUAUAACCUCAGAUUAAAAGGUGGCUAAUGUCUUAUGUCGACGUUCCUUAAAGAGAUGAUAUCAUGCUCUAUUACACAACUGAUAUAGCAUAUAAUAGGAACAUUUUUAAGGAUUUCAUAAAUAGGGUCUAUCGAUUUUAUGAUAUUGUAGAGGGACCUGAUUAUUCAAGCUUGAAUUUACCUAUAGGAAUUGCCAAACUUAGCUAUAUGAAAAUUUAAAAACAACCCCAAUUCUUUAAUGUACGGGAUCCAUUAGUUAAAGGUUAUUUAUGCAGAGCCUAUAAUCCUCCUAAAAAUUUUAAGUUUUGUAAUGGGAAAACUCUCAAGGAUGUCAUAAAGGAAAGGAAAACAAAAUAUACAGACAAUGAAAUUUCGAACUUUAUCACUUCAACAAUUAAAUUAUUGGAUUUUUUAGAAACCAAUAUGGGUAUGUUUCAUGGUUAGCUAAAUUUGGAUAGUUUCAUUCUAAUUGAGAGAACUGAUAAGUCAAAAUCCUUAUAAUAUGUAGUCCUCGAUUUUGGAAUGUUCUUUUGGUAUGAUCUCAAUACUGAAAGAACCUAUUUCAUUAGAUCUAUAUAAUAAAAUGAUGAAUUAUGGUAUAUGAGUCCAGAAUUGUUGACUAACUAUCUCAAACCAAAUAAUUAAUUACCAAUAAAUCCAUAGAAAUGUGACAUCUACUCAUUAGGAAUGGUAAGUCUUUAGAUGGUCACACUUGGAUAAAUGAAGUUGGAUGCGGAAAAGUCACUAUAAGAAUAUGAUGGAGAUGUUGGCUUUACAGUCAGAAAAUGGAUGAUGAAUAACAAGAAUCAAUUGAUACAUGAUUAUCCCAAUUCGAGUUAAUUAAUAAUGUAGCUGUUGCAUCCAGAUUAUAAAUUAAGAUUGUACCCUUCAGUAAUGGCAGCUAAAUUUUAAGGUAGAAGUUUAUUUCAUGAGAAUGGCCUAAGUAACUAAAACUUCGAUGAGGAAUUAGAACUAUUGAAAUAAAAACGAUUUUGCCCAACUUUCUAUGAAAAUAUAUUAGAUGAAUUAAAUGGAGGACAAUCUACAACUCAAGUUUUUAUAUGCAUCAAGUCAUUUUUAAAGUAGGCUAUUUUUUCAUUUGAAUAAUAUCUGAUUUUGGGACAACUCGAAAAAUUUGAUGAAAUGUCAUAGGAUUUUGAGGAAAUUCUCAUUCAAAAGUACUUCCUUACUUCUAUUGAAUAAUCUUAAGAAGAAAUGUCUGACUUUUAUAGUCAUUUUCAAGUUUAUUUUAAAUCCAACAUUGUGAAAUUAAUUUAGAAUAAUUUAGAUGAAUUCAAGUAUUUUAUCUUCUAUUUUCAAUACAAAAUUAUGUUUUUUGUUUAUAUGAAUCGAUUGGAUUUUGGUAUGAAAUAGUGUACAUUAUUAACCAACCUCUUAAAUGAUUUUGAAGAAAUAAUAAAUGAAGUUGUUCAGCUCAGCUAAUCUGAAAAAAACCCUGUGAUUUAGGAAAAGUUUAAAAAUGAUUAAAAUCAUAUUCUCAAUCUUUUACAAUUACAAAAGGAAGAUUAUAAGUCAUCAAAAUUUAUGAAAUCAUUUUCUCAUCAUAUCAGAGUCUAUAUUUUUCAAAUGCAAAUUUUAUCUUCUUUGAUAUGCAAUCUUCACAGUGUGUAUUAAAUUGAUAUUGAAUCAACCACAAAAUUAGUAGCAGAUCAAUGGAAUGAAAUCAAAUACGACCUUAAAUAUUUAGAAAAGGAUGGCAAUUACUUUCUGUUAACUAAUUCAAUCUAUAUUAAACUAUUGAAUAGAUUAUACAUUUAAUUUAUUUAAUUAUAAUUGCAGUUUGAUAGUUUUGACAAUAAUGCUCUUAAUACAGCAAAUGAGCUAUUGAUUGAUAUCUAAUUGAUGCAACAAUUUAUUUCGAAUGAAAAAAUCACUGAAAAGCAGAGCGUAAUCAAAUCAAUAGUGAAGUGUUCAAAACAUAAAUAAUUAAAUGAAGAUCUAAUGAAGUCAUCUUUGGCUUAUUUGAAUUAUUAUGAAAAUCAAGUUAAGUUUAUUUUACUCUUAAUUUAUAAUAGAAAUAAGGAGUUUUCACAGACAGAAAUCAUCGCUUAUUAAUUGGUAAGGCAAAUUAUGUAAUCUAAUUGUGCAUUGGAGCAAUUAAAUUUCAUUCCUAUGAUUGGCUGGAUCGGGGAACACUACUCUGAAACUGAUCAGCAAGAAAACAUGUAAAAUGUGUAUAGAUUUAUAAUUUAAUUGAUGGAAGAGCAGUUUAUGAUCUAUGAAAGCUUCUAAAAAGAGUCUACAAUUUACUUCAACCAUCUAAAAGUUGCCAUAACUUAGACUAUAUUUUAUUGUUCUUAAUUGCUUUAUUAUAAUGUUUUAGCAAUGAGUAACGGAAUCUAUUAGGGAUUUAUGCAAUUGAUCUAGUCUCAUAAUCUGUAUGGAAAUGACAAUCUAUUGAGUCACAUAAUUUAAAUCAAGUUGGUUCAUGUGCUAAUUGAGAAUCAAUAACAUCAAUAUCCUUAUUACUUCCGAUAAAAUGAAGAUCAGUUGGAUUACAAUUAUGAUGUUCCAAACUCUGUAUUUAGUCAAUCUCUAAUUUCCUGUUUACUUAAGCUGUACAAAUUUACUGAAAAAUAUCUAAUAGAUAAUGAAGAGUAGGAGACUAUUGAAAUAACUUGGUUCUAGGAUGAGAAAAUUAGUUAAUUAAAAUUAGAGUUAUUGUAUGGUUAUACUUUCAUCUUAAGUAAACAGAAUGUGGAAUCUGAAAAUCAUCAUCAUUUUACCGAUUUGUAAAUGGCCAUUAAAAAAUACAUUUUAAUUAUUCAAGAAAAAUUAUAAAACUAAAACAUUUUUGUAAUUAUUGAAAAUAAGGUUCUCUAUACAAGAGUAUUAUAAUUGACCUAUGAUUAUUAAGAGGCCUUUGAUCAUAUUAAAAUAGUUGAACUUUUGUAAUAAAUUCAAUUAAAAGAAGAAGAGAUAUCAGAUCAAUAAACAGCCUCUUUAUAACAAAUCUUUUUUUCUAUACUUGAUGUCCAUGUUAAUAAUCAUUUUUUCUCUAAUAAUUAAUAAUCAUAUAAAUAGAUGAUGCUAUUAGAUGAAAUGUAAUUUAUAAAGAAUCAUAAGGUAUUUUACAUACGAUUUUUGUUGAUUAAAUUGAUGGAUUUCUACUUAAAAUGUUAGCAAUUAGAAUUAAAUAACGAACUUAUUAAGUUUUUGUUUACAUUGUAUUAAAACAAAGCCAAGAUGUUGAAAAAGGAGAAAUACACAUUAAAAUUAGCAAUGGAAAUUAGUAGAUUGAGAACAUAUGUUCUAUCUGAAGAAUUACGGCAAUUAGUCGAAAAAUAGGAUAAAAAAGAUAACAUCAAAAUUUAAGAUUUAUUUGAGAAAAUACAGACGGCGUAUAAUGUAUUGGUGGAAAGUAAAGAAAAGAAAUAAAAGAAAAAGAAAGGCAAGCAACCAAGAUUGAAUACAAAUUCUGAUAUCAAUCGAUAUUUGUUGGCCCAAUAAUUAGAACAAUAAGACAUGGAUAAAAUUUAAACAGGAUUCAUACAUAUUGAUGAUAAGGAUCAAGGAUUUGAUAAUUAAAUCGCCUUGUGUCAAUUGGGAGUGAAGUUGAUUGUUUAUCAAUUGCAUGUGGGAUAAUUUAGAGAUGCUGAUUCUAUGGCCUAUAAUAUUAAAAGAAAGUUAUUUGAUUUGAUUUAUUAUGAAAUUUGUAGAAUGGCUUUGAAUUGGCAAAGCGAAAAGAUUUUCUUGAAAUCAAAUGCUACGGAAAUAUCGGUUAAUCAAUUAUUCAAAGCGUUAAACAUUCAUAAUUUAAAUUUUGAAAAUUAUGAACACAAUUUAUUGCACAACAUUGAGCCUAUAAAACAAAUUGCUUUAAAUGUUAGAAAUUUCUUAGUGUUGAAAUAAGUUUUAUUUAUGCGAUUGCUUUAUUCUUAUGUAGAAGGAUUGCAAGCAUUGUGUAUAAUAAUGAAAGGAGAUUUCAAAUUAUCAAAAUAAAACUUAAAUUUCGUUUAAACCUUUGGUGAAUCAAAUAUAGAUGAGAUUUCAGCAUUAAUCACUGAUGUUUUAAUGUUAUUUGAGAUCACAACAGCAGAUUACACUUCUGCAUCUAGUAAAGCAAUUAAAUUGCUAAAAUUGCUUUAAAAAAGAAUAAAGUAAACUAAUAUCUAAUUAUAAACUCAUUGGAUUUACAGUGAGUUUGAUGAUACGAGAGUUCAAAAGCAAAGAAUUUAUCAUCCUAUUUAAGUUGAAUAAAUUAUUUCAUUUGAGGAGUCCGAUGAAUUGCAGUAAUUUGCAGAAACCAAGUUCUCUUAUGAGGAAACAUUAACGAAAACAGCAUUGAGGCCUUAUUUCGAAAUAGCCAAGCUAACAACGGAGGCUUAUUUCGCCUAUAUAGAGUCUUUGAUCUAGCAACCUAAAAUAUUAAUAUAGUCUGUGGAUCCAAUAUUCUAUGCUUAGAAAUAUGUUCAGCAAUAGUAUGGUUUGUAACAUAUUUUCAAUGGCCAUUUAUAAAGAUUGAUAGCAACAAUGUAUUCAGAGUUUCUGAUCAACAAAAGAGUGAAGGAUUUAGAGGUUGCAUUGUAAUAAGAUUCAGAUAAGAAGAUCAAGUUCCUCAAACAAGAGAUUACAGCAAAAACCAGAGUAUACUUGGAGUCUAGAGUGAAAAACAAAUGCACACAAUAAAUGGAGAAGAAAUUUCAAGAGACUAAACAAUUUUUAAAGAGUAAGAUAAAGACUUUAAAAACAAUAAGAGAUGGAAUUUCAUAUGAUGUAGUUUGCAGAUGGUCUUUAUAAGCAGCGAAUGAAUCUCUUGCAAUUUAUUAGAAAUAUUGCAUAGAAUUCAAAUAUGAAUCAAAUCCAUACUUAGGUAGCUUAUAUUCAACCUUUGCAAACAUUUUCUUUGUAUAAAAUAAGAUUGUUUCCACUUAAUAAUAUUUAGAAAAGGUCAAAAAUACUUUGGAGUACUGUUAUACAUCUAUUUCAAAUCCAGAUUAUUGCAGAUAUUUCUACCAGUUGGGAUAUUUGAGAUUACAUGUUUUUUCGAUAAUAAAAAUGUAUAUAGAGGCAUUAAUUGGUCUUGCAAGACUCAACCCUUCUGAAAAGUUUGAGGUUCUUCUUGCAAUAAUAACAGAAAAUGAGAAAUUCUUGUACCACUUUGAUUAGUAUUGUUCUCAUGGGUUUUUCCUAUUUUUGGAAAUUAACAUUCUGAAGCAGUUGGCACAAGAACGCGUAAUCAGAGAUAGAUUGACAUAAUCAUAUCGCAAAGAUGAAUAAGAUUUGAUUAGAUAUUUAUAAAUAGAAGGAGAUAAACUAGCAUUUUAGAAAACGAUAGAUGCAAAUUCAAAACCAUAUGUUCAUGUUGUUGAAAAUGUAUAUAAAGAUGCUGUCCAUCUCAUUGAAAAGUAAACUCAUAAAUUCAACCCUGAUUAUACAGGAUUAGAUUUGUUCAUUAAAGCAUUCUAAAUAUGCAAAUUACUAUUAACUAGUGAUAACACCAUCUAUUAGAAGAUCCUAACACUAGUUAAUAAGUUAUCAAAUAGAAAGAAUAGCUUAAUUUGA